AUGGCCUAUUCGGCAAAUGCAAACCUGGUGCCAAGGCUUUAUAAAUCUGUUAUUGAGGAUGUCAUCAACAAUGCACAUGACUAUUUCCUUGAAGAAGGCAUUGAUGAUCAUGUUCUUAAAGAUCUAAAGCAGCUUUGGGAAAGCAAACUUCUCCAAUCGAGAGCCGUGGAAGGCUUUUUUAGGGAAAAUAAUCAUCAGCAGAUCAUGUUAGAACUUCACCAGAAAACUCAUCAGACUCUACACACGUCCUCAGCUUCUGUUGUGAUUCCUUCUGGUAGAAGUGUUCAGAAUUUUACAUCUGCAGAACUUAGCUCUUCAGGGACAUCAACUACUCUUGCACUACCCUCGGGCAUUAGUCUUCCAAUACAGGUCCCUGCUGGAGUUACCUUGCAGACUGCUUCAGGUCAUAUGUAUAAAGUCAAUGUGCCAGUUAUGGUAACCCAAGGUGCUGGAGGUCAGAAAUACUUUCAACAGCCUGUUCACCACAUUAUUCAUCAAGUAAAUACAGUUACAGGGCAGACGGCACUAAUCCAGCAAAAUUCUGGUCAAACACAUGUCAUUCAACCAUCUUCCCAAGAUCAAGCAUCCAUGCUCCAGCAAUCCAAUUCAGGUCAAGUUUCCUCACAUCAACAGUUGUUGGCAAACCAACCUUUCGAUGUAGCUGGCCAGUCCAUUCUGCAACAACCUGGCAUGUCACGGCACGUAUACAUUCAGCAAUCUGGUGCGAUGAAGCAGGUCGUUUUGCAACACUCUGGGAUGGGUGUACAGACAGGGCCUCACCUAAUUAUUCAGAGGCAGCCCAUGGCAAAUACAGGGACACUAACGCAGCAGCAGUUAGUAACCACACAACCAGCAAGGCUCGAGCUGUCUAUGGAAGAACAAACAACCUCAAGCCAGACUCAACAUUUAGAGAGAAUUCCUCUAGCACAUGCACUCAUAGUUCAAAGUCAAUCAUCUGAACAAAAUGAAGGCAUGAACAUGUCACAGUGCGUUUCUGAUCAGUGUGCAGCUCAACAGUUUGCACCCCAGGUAAACGAGACGAUGUUAAUGCUUGCAGCAACUUCAGAAGAGCAACAGGUUACGGUUGAAACAUCAUCCAUCCCACAACUGGAUGGGACCAAUGACACUUCGUCUGAUGAAGAAAUUGGGAACCUACGAGAAGUAGAAGAAAAUGAUAUACUUGGAAUUAUUGAUGCUGAAGACCUGAAAGCCCUAGAAGGUUAUGAUGAAGAUAAUAGUUCCAGUGAGGACUCUUCCUGUGAUGACAGUGACGAGCAACCAAAAGAAGACAUUAGAGAAGAAGAUCCUUUGAAUUCAGGAGAUGAUGUGAGUGAGCAAGAAGUACCUGAUCUAUUUGAUACAGAAAAUGUAAUUGUUUGCCAGUACGAUAAGAUUCACAGAAGUAAAAACAAGUGGAAAUUCUAUCUUAAGGAUGGAAUAAUGACCUACAAUGGGAGAGAUUAUGUAUUCUCUAAAGCUGUUGGGGAUGCAGAAUGGUAGGAAUGAAAAAAAAUCAAUUAAGCAACGUGACAAGUUCUUUACAAGUUACUUGAAUUGAUUGGUGGCUUUCCAUUUCCCAUCCUUAAAUUGGUGAAUUCUUUUUAUUCUUUGACUUAAUUAGAAUUACGCAUACCUAUGGUAAAAUUGAUCAGGACUUGCUGUGAUGCAAGUUCUUUCAAAAUAGAAAUCACUUAACUGGCUAAUAAUAAAAAUUCAGAAAAGCAACAUGCAUUUGAGUGGAGGAAAAGAGGCUAUAUUGUUCAAUAGAAUUUAUGUUGCACAAACAAUAUUAUAAAUAGAGAUAAACUAGUAUUAUGCAAAAUGUCUUAUCUUGUGGGGAAAGAAAACUAAAAUAUAUACAGGAUACCAGCGCAACAAGCCUCUUUUGAAGACGUGUUAGCCACAGUGUAAGAAUUUGGUCCACGAUGAGAGAUAAUUUCUUCAGUGGUUAAUUUCUAAUCCUUUUUCAUUUUGGAGGAAAAAAGCAGGAUUUACUAAUGUUACAAAUGGAAUAUAUCCAUUUGAUGAGCAAUCUUUAAAAAUGGCAAUCACUAGUUUGAAAGUAACAUUGGCUAAGAUUUGCCCUUCAUACGUUUGAAAUGUUUUCUUAAUGAAGACGUGCACAAUGGUUUCGUUAUCGGGUGUGUUCCGUUAGUGUUGUGUUUUGUAGAAGUACUGCAAAGACGAUAAUUUUCCUUUUGUUGUAGUUAAAAUCUUCCAUGCAAAAUACUAUAUUAGCAGGCAUUCCACAACAAAUUGGGAUUUGAAUCAAAUAUGCAGAAUGUUUAUUUAAUAAUUUGUGUAAUGCUAUGCUGACAUUUUGAUUUCCUGAGAAAUGUUAUAACAUUUAUUAUUGCUUUAUUUGUCAAAGGACAUAAUCUGUCUUUCAAAUUAGGUUUUUCUCUUCUUUUGUCUUCCUAACCUAUCUGGUUUUCUUGCACCAUGCAACCAGGAGGACAUAUUACCCAUUACCUGUGCUAGAUCAAAAGAAGCAGAAAUUGAGCAGUCAAUGAUGAUGCUCUACUUUUUCAUAUCCUUUUAUUAAAGAACCUCAACCUAAUUCCCCAAGAAUUGGUGGUAUAGAUUGAUAUUUUGUUGAUGUUAUGGAUUUGUUUUUGAUUAAUCAAAGGAAUUGACUUUGCUUGCUGGUGUUUACAUUCCAUCAUCAAUUGCCUUCAUAACACUAAAUCCAGGUUCUGAUGGUAUAACGUAGUAUUUGUUUUUCCAAGACCGUGAGUAUCUGGAUCAUAAAAUGGACAAGUGCGUGUUUAUGAUUAAUCUUUCAUUGAUUUAAACGCAGCAGUGUGCGAUCUAACAUUGAAAACGUUGUUAGAGUUGUGAUGCAUGUUGAUUGUUUACAGUGCCACCAUGGCUUGCUUUCAUUUUCAGCAUAAUUACUAUUACUGCUGUGAUUACUUUUGGUUUUGUUUCACUUGAGAAUCAUUUGUAAAUCAGUGCCUUUAAGAAAUAUAAAAAAUAUAUAUUUGUGUUCUAUUUUAGUGAACAAAGUAUUCAAAAACAAAAUAAAAACUGGAUGUUUCUCCUAUUAUG